AUGACAGGCGAAUUCAACUUUCACGAUUUCACCAACCCCUACCCUGCCUCGGGCGUCCCGCCCUUCGCCGAAGGCCUGGGUAACCUUCAACCCCUCCAGCCUAACCCGCAACCUACCUACGCACCGCCUCCUCACAAUCACCACUAUGCCGCUCCCACGCCUUCCGCCGCCGAGACCAGAACCCCUGAGUCUUUGAACGGAGUCAGCAGGCCCGGUCACAGCUUCGAGGAGCAGUCUCGCGUUGCCGCAGAGGAGGACAAGCGCCGGAGAAACACCGCUGCCAGCGCCAGGUUCCGCAUUAAGAAGAAGCAGCGUGAGCAGGCUCUCGAGAAGAGCGCCAAGGAGAUGUCGGACAAGGUCUCAGCUUUGGAGCAGCGCAUCAACCUCCUCGAAACCGAGAACCGCUGGCUCAAGAACCUCGUCAUGGAGAAGAACGAGGGUAGCGAGGACAUUGCUUCUAUGCUCAAGGAAUUUCAGAACAAGCAAACCAAGACGACCGCGACAUCUUCGGACUCUCUCAAGGCUGAGGAGGCAAAGUAG